UCGAGCUGUCUGUCCAUUUUGGCAAAGUGCACUUGCCUUAUUUACCUUUCUCGACGAGCUACACUUGACUCGGAGGUUUCCAUAAAUGACUGAAUUACUACCUAGACAGUUUUAACCGCGUGAUAUACCAGAUCGCCAGAAAGGUUUAGGAGAUCAGCUAUGGCGGUUGUCAACGAAGGCGCGCUUAAAAAGAUGCUGAAGCAAUAUAAAUACCGUGACCUCACUGUUCGUGAGAUAACAAAUGUCAUCUUGCAGUACAAAGACCUAAAGCCUCUGAUGGAUGCUUAUGUGUUCAAUGAUGGAUCAUCCAGGGAAUUAAUGAGUUUGACGGGGACAGUGCCAGUAAGCUAUAGAGGAAAUGUGUAUAAUAUCCCUGUGUGUCUAUGGCUGUUGGAUACAUAUCCCUACAACCCUCCCAUUUGUUUUGUAAAACCUACCAGUGCGAUGAUGAUCAAGACUGGGAAACACAUUGAUGCCAAUGGCAAGAUCUACCUGCCCUAUCUACAUGAAUGGAAGCAUCCUCAGUCUGACCUGUAUGGCCUGAUCCAGGUGAUGAUUGUUGUUUUUGGAGAAGAGCCUCCUGUGUUCUCAAGGCCCACAACUCAGCCCCCUUAUCAGGCAUUCCAGGCCACUGGGCCCCCAAAUCAGUCCUACAUGCCUGGCAUGCCUGCUGUAUCUGCCUAUGGUCCAAACCCAAAUCCAUGUGGCUACCCAGGAUAUCCUUUUGCUGGAGGGACAACUUAUCCUGCCACAGGGGGUCCUGCACACUACCCUUCCCAGCCUCCAGUCACUACUGUAGGGCCUAGUCGGGACGGCACUAUUGGGGAGGACACUAUCCGUGCCUCACUCAUCUCAGCUGUGAGUGAUAAGCUGCGCUGGAGGAUGAAGGAGGAGAUGGAUCGAGCUCAGGCCGAGCUGGACGCUCUCAAGCGCACGGAGGAGGACCUGAAGAAAGGCCACCAGAAGUUGGAGGAGAUGGUGUCUCGCCUUGACCAGGAAGUGGCUGAAGUGGACAGGAAUAUUGAUCUCCUAAAGAAGAAAGAUGAAGAGCUAACAGAAGCUCUAGAGAAGAUGGAGAACCAGUCAGAGAAUAAUGACAUUGAUGAUGUCAUUGUUCCCACAGCACCACUUUAUAAGCAGAUCUUGAACCUGUAUGCAGAGGAAAACGCGAUUGAGGAUACCAUCUUCUACCUCGGGGAGGCUCUGCGCAGAGGCGUCAUCGACCUGGAGGUCUUUCUCAAGCAUGUGCGCCUGCUGUCCCGCAAACAGUUCCAGCUGCGAGCACUCAUGCAGAAAGCCCGAAAAACUGCUGGACUCAGUGACCUCUACUGAUCCCACUGCCAACUGAUCUCCUUUUUUUCCUUACUUCAUUUUUACCCAUCGCACCUUCCUCUGUCUGUCUGCAUAGUUCUCAGCAACAUUCUGGAAAACAGCACAUGAUGUCUUUGUGUCCUUCAGGAUGCCAAGGCACUAGAUUUUGUGUGUCGAUAUCAGAUGAAAUUUUAUAAUCAGAAAGGAAGCACAACAGUGAUUAAUUCUUCAGCAGAUUGGAGACGAGAUCACUGGGGUAAAUCUCUGUUUUUCUUGUAUGUAGAACAUUAGUUAUGUCCAUCUUUUACUGUCUUAGGACUUCCUCCGUCUUAGGAUCUGUUGGUACUUCUAGUUUUAUUGCAGUGCUUCACAUAGCUCAUGAUAACUGUUAUUACCAGUUUAUUAUCAAAAUGUGAAAAGAGUUUUUUUCAGGACUCACUCCAACAUGUAGCCAAGUGUGAUACUGCUGAAUGACUUCUCCACACCCCAUAAAAAAUUAUGGGACAGGAGGAACUGUCUAACUGAGCUUCUGUAUUUCAAUAAUUUAACUUCACUGUGUCAAACUGACUAUGUAUGUUUCCCCUGUGCUGUCAUGGGGUCAACCUGCUGUAUUCUGGUUGAGAGUUGUUGCUAUAAUGGUACAACUGUCUGUCAUGUAGCUAUUUAAAAUUUAUUUGACUGAUAUUUCAGGUGUGAAAUAUUUGGAAAGGCUACAAAAGCAUUUACCCUCUAAUUUCUAUGAGACUGAGUGUAAAUUUAUGUAUGUUUGCAUGUAUGUGUGUGUGCGUGUGUGCCUGCAUGUCUGCUAGAGUUUGAAUGAUUCCAGCAUCAGCUUUGGGGCGAUAGCUACUUUUUUAUCUUAAGUAGGUUUCAAAGGAAUUGAGAAGAAAAAAUGUUUUUGACAAAAUACUUGUAAAAAUAACUUAUAGGUCCAUUCAUUUUGUUUUUAAUGCACUUUGGGUUGUAUUGUUUUAUUAAAUUGAAGGGAUCUUUAUAUUACAAAGAUCAUUCAUCUUAUUGUUUCCUUCCUGUUGUUUUCAGAUCUUUAGUCAUUAAUAUCAGCAGCUCAAUAAAAAGCAGGAGGAUUUGGUCUUUGAUACUGCUGUGUGAAGUUUAUGUUGCGAUGUUAUUGUAGCACUGAGUACACUGCUCUACUCAUUCUGAUAUCUCUUAGCAUGUUAUGCUUGUUUUUGUCCCUUAAUUUAAAGGGUAGCCUUGGGGUGGGAAGAAUGACGAUAUUGUAUUACUAUCAUGAUUGAUUCUGUUAUUGUGAUGUUUUUUAAGCAUCCUGUGGAUAUUGUAAGAACUUACAGAAUGCUAACCAAAUGCAUAUUUAAUAUAAAAAGCAUCAUUAAUCCUGUA